CCAAUAAUUAGUAUAUAGCGGGUAAUGUUUAAAUGAAUGUUCAUUCUCGUGUCCUCGGAGGAGAGGGAAGGGCGGUCUGCGAGGAAUAUUAUAAAGAAACAUGUUUAAAAUGAAAUAAAGUUAAAUUAUAAAAGUGGAGUGCCGCCGACGACCGCUGAGAUGGAUAAAUAUUACUACUCCGACGCUGCCUAUGAGCUGGAAUUAAAUCUGCACAAUGUGAGACGGGAACUGAUCAUGAUGAUGGAGGUGUUUGAGGAGGCGGAGUGCGCGGAUUGCUUCCAGGUCAAGUGCAAAUGCGUCAAGAUACAGAGAACAACCAGCGGAACGACCAGGAGCGAGCGAAGCCAUUCCAGCGACGACAAGCCCUCCACUGACGAUAAGGAGGAACAAAACGCGACGGAAGAAAUAAUCACAGAGGAAGAAAGCUUGGGGCAGUCGACUCCGGAGAAGGAAGAUGUGAAGAAAAACAUAGAAGCGUGGAUAGAAGCUGCCAGCAAAGUCGAGGAGGAAGUGAAGACAUUCCCCGUCAAUCUGAAGGAACCGCUGCCACAAGUCCUCAAAGAAGACAAGACUGCCCAGAUACAGAACAUUGUAUCGCGCACGAGCGCCGUCGAGGCGUUCUUUAAAUAUUUCAAAGUACCUCCAACCACCAGCACUGUCAGCUAUGUUUCAUCUAAACUAGCCGCCGCUUGCUCCAAAUCCUCUCGACAGAACUACUCAUAUUUUUAAAAUAUAUUUAAGUACAACUUCUAGUUUAAUUCAUCAAGUCACACGGUAUUGUUUUAUACCAACGGACAUAGUUAGUAACUGGUAUAUUUCAACGAACUCAUUACCAAAAAAAUAUUCUCGAAAACAAAUAACUAUAAUUAAGCAUUUUUGAUAAUUUCUGUGUACAAUAAUUAUAUAAGACCACUUAUAGUUAAUACUAAUUAAUUAAUUACUAUGUUUAAUUAUUGUUAAGACGAAUGAUGUAAUUUGUAUUGAAGGAAAUUCUAAACAACUAGUAGAAUUUUGAUACUUUAUAAUUUUAUACAUUGAUCGAAUAAAAUGUGUUUUAAUGAA